AGUAUAGAUAAUGAAUCUCCUAAGAGGCUGUUUUGGGGUUUACCCUACUUAGCGAUGCCAGAUCAAGACAAAGUUAAACAACAUUUACAAGAAAUGUUUUCCAAAGUAGAGGAAGAAAAGCUUAACAGCCUAGCAAUACCAUUGAAAAUGUGUGACAGCCUACCUGAAGUUACGUUAUUACAACAUUUCAAUGCAGCAUUUAAUAAGCCAGAACUGAAAUAUUUGAAAGUUAUUUAUUUGUGCUAUGAGGACAUCCAGAUGACCGAAAAAUUAACUAUGAUGUUGAAAAGCGGACAAAAUUCACUAAACUUUUACGAUUUUAGUAAAGUACCUACCUAUAGAGAUAAACCUUUAAAGGACAAGGAAAAUCCCGUAGAUGUAACUUUUCGAUGGACACAAGGAGACAUUAUUGACCAAAAGACUGAUAUCAUAGUUAACAGUACAAACAAAGAGCUGCAGCUUAAAAAAGGAGCCGUAUCAUUGUCAAUAUUGAAGAAAGUUGGAAAUUCUCUUGCUGAGAAAUGUCACGAGAAAUAUCCCAAUGGCAUUGACUAUGGCAGCUUGGCGAUAACGUCUGGAGAAAAAUGCUGGAAAUAUAUUUAUCAUUUUGCUCUACCAUCAUGGACAGUUAAUGCUGAAUUUUCAAAGAAGAUUUUUGAACAAGCAGUGUACAACUGCCUUAUACAAGCGGAAAAAGACAAAUGCAAUAGUAUAGCAUUCCCAGUUUUGGGAACUGGCAAGCUGAAAUACCCUUGGGAUGACGUAGCUCGGACAAUGCGAAAUGCGUUUUGCAAAUUUAAGUUUCAUUGUAGGCACAUUAAUUUGAAAGAAAUGAUAGUGGUAUUGCAUCCAGAUGAUAAGAGGUCAAUCGAGGCUUUCGAAACAUGGAUUGGAAAACAGUCAUAUUUAGAUCUCUUCUCUGAGGAGUUAUUGCAUCAGACAAAAUCCAUAUUAGAAGCGCGAUGUAAUGUUACGAAAAUCAUAAUUUUACAUUUACCAAGCACUAGAUUUCAUCAAAGCGACGCUCUGAUAACUAUUUCAGAUCCAGAACAUGCUAGUCCAGUCCUGAAGAAUAUUAAGGACGGAAUGAUAAAAGAUAAACAAGGCUGUACUUUCUGGUCAAUAAAAGUUUGCUCAAAUAAAACUAAUUAUAUAAGGAACAUGGGGAAAGUCCUUGAGUUUAUUUUAGAGGAAAGGCUGUCAACAAUUACAAUUUCUUUACUGGAAAAUGAUGAUACAUUACCAUUACGAAGGCAAUCAAAGAUUAUUCGAGACCUCGUGCUGGAAAAUGAAAAUAAUCGAUAUCUUCAAUUAGUAAAGUUAAUUGUUCUUGAUGGAAACAGUUUUGCCUCGCUUUUAUCAGAAACCGAACAGAGGAAACUAGAUAGAAGAUCUCGAUUGAUGCCGGGUAAAAAUGUUUUUGGUUUAUCAAAACCUACAUUUAAAGCUGUCACAUACUCGGAAACAAGUCAAUUACCAAAACUGAUCAUUUCAGCAAAGAUGGAAGAUGUUAUUGUAGUUAGUGAUUUAGAGGAAAAAUUAAAAGUAUCAUUAAAUGAAGCACUUGUAUAA